CUUCUUUCUUUUACGUUUUAUUUUAGAUAACGCUCUUAUACCUUUCUACACGACGUAUUUGUAAUAUAGUUGUAUUUAUUGCUCUCGGUGCUGCUCUAAAACUAUCUGAAAAUGCUAUCUAGUAGGUCCCCGCUUUUGGCCAAGAACAAGAACUUCGUCUCUACUAAAGUUGAGGGCAUGUCCCUGACUGACAAAGAAAACACACCCCCAAGCCUGAACACUACUCGGAUUUUGGCCUCCAAAACAGCGCGUAAAAUCUUUGAAGAUUCCGAGACUCGGCCUACGAAGACCACAAAAGCGAGCUUUGAAGAAGAACCUCUACUGAAGGAGAACCCCCGUCGCUUUGUCGUUUUCCCUAUCCAGUACCAUGACAUAUGGCAGAUGUACAAGAAAGCAGAGGCCUCUUUCUGGACAGCAGAAGAGGUUGACCUUUCCAAAGACCUCAUGCAUUGGGAAUCGCUGAAGGAUGACGAAAGGCACUUUAUCUCUCACGUGUUGGCAUUUUUUGCUGCCAGUGAUGGCAUUGUCAAUGAGAACUUGGUGGAGCGUUUUUCCCAGGAAGUGCAGGUCACCGAGGCACGUUGCUUCUAUGUUAUUGACACUUACAUCAAGGACCCCAAACAGAGGGACCACCUGUUCAAUGCCAUUGAGACCAUGCCAUGUGUAAAGGAGAAGGCUGACUGGGCUAUUAACUGGAUUGGCAACAAGAAUGCAGCUUUUGGUGAGCGAGUGGUUGCCUUUGCUGCUGUGGAGGGCAUCUUUUUCUCUGGCUCAUUUGCAUCCAUUUUCUGGCUGAAGAAGAGGGGUCUUAUGCCUGGCCUUACUUUCUCCAAUGAGCUUAUCAGCAGAGAUGAGGGCCUGCACUGUGACUUUGCCUGCCUGAUGUUCAAGCACCUUGUCAACAAACCAUCAGAAGAAACGGUCAGGAAGAUAAUCAUGAAUGCUGUUGAGAUUGAGCAGGUAUUCUUGACGGAAGCUCUGCCAGUCAAGCUGAUUGGAAUGAACUGUGAUAUGAUGAGGACCUACAUUGAGUUUGUCGCAGACCGACUGAUGCUGGAGCUGGGUUUUGAGAAGAUCUACAGAGUUGAAAACCCCUUUGACUUCAUGGAGAACAUCUCGCUGGAGGGCAAGACCAACUUCUUUGAGAAACGUGUAGGAGAGUACCAAAGGAUGGGUGUUGUGUCUGGCUCCACAAAUAAUACCUUCACGCUAGAUGCUGACUUUUAAAACCAUUGAUGGGCCUGAAACUUCCACCUGCAGUGGCAACCUGUCUUAAUCUCGCCUCCCUUGAUGAGUUCUAGCCUACAGUAGUCGACAGUAGAGCUUGUAGUGACUUAGUAUACCCUGCACAGUUCCUCUUGAAGGGAAGGGAGUUGGGAAGGAGUCUUAAGUGUUGGUGAUGGGCCCUGAAAUGCACCUACACCUGGAAGAGGGUGUUGUCCUGUCAUGUGCACUUAGGCUACCUCCAAAUUGGGUCAGGAAACCUGGAUAGGCACCACUUGGUGCAUUUGGAUACAUCACACCAUGUGUUUUAAAGUCAUUUUGGGUGAUGCCUUUUAAUGUAUUUAUCAAGUUUUUGUAAUACAUUUAUGUGCUGUUUUUUUAAUGACCUGUUUAUACUUUUUUUUUUUUUUUUGUUGAUGGUGAAUUGGUUUUUGUUAUGUUGGUAUUGAAGUUGUUUGCCUUAUGUUGUACUUUUAGUUUCAACUUGUAAAUAGAGAAGCAUUUUAAUAAAACGACAGCCAACACUUGAUGAUUCUUGGCUGUUUUUACCAUUACAUGGUUUUGGUGGAGGUGAUUUUGUAUGAACAAGUUCUUUUUGCAUUUGAAAGCUGACUAGUUGAGCAUGAAGGCACUUUCGAGUUGGUGCCUCAGAGGACUCAUUGAUUUCGUGCUUAAACUUGCUUGUCCAAACAGACGACUUCUGUGUGUCACGUGAUUAUGGCUUGGGGCGGGUCAGCUACAGACUGCAAACCAGGAAGUAGGGGUAAAUAAACGCAUCGAUAAUAGAUUGCACGGGGCAAGAGGUUUUCAACGUUGACGAGUUUGCACUUUACCGAAGAAAUGACUAU